AUGAAUAAAAAGCAAGAUCUAUCAGACUUCCGACUCCGCCCAGCCACAGCAGCUGAUCGACCAGCGCUAGACGCUCUCUUCACAUCGGCAAUCGCACAAUUAUGCAGAAACCACUACACACACUUGCAAAUAUUUACCAUGGUUUCUCAAGCUACUGCGAACCGGUAUGAUAUUCUCAUCUCCAAUUCGACAUACUAUGUUGUUCAUCCUGUCAAUGAGCCAAACCACAUCGUCGCAUCUGGUGGCUGGUGGCCGCGGCGGACAAUCUACACGGAAAAAGGCUCUACGACGGCACAGGAUGAGAGGUUUGAUCCCAAGGAGUCGCCUGCGUGGAUUCGUGGCAUAUACGUACACCCAGACUAUGGACGCCGUGGUCUCGGCUUGAGAAUCGUUCGCGAGUGCGAGGCGGCUGCGAGCAGGUUCAUGCCGUUCACGACCUACGCGCUGGGCAGCACGACCAAUGCUAUUCCUCUUUACAAAGCAUGUGGAUAUAGGGUCGUCGAGCAACACGAGGUCGGCGUCACAGAUGGGGAGAGGAUGGAAGUAGCCAUGAUGGAGAAGAGGGAGGGCGCUACUAGCGUUGAGAUGGAUGAAUUCAAUCGUAAUGUUGUACUCUCCCGAGUUGAUAUCAGCUAG